AUGGGGACCCUGGUGAAACAACAGCUUGUGGCGGUUCCUCUCAUUCUCUUUUUCGCCAUCGGCUCUUGCACGGCCGCUCAAACGUGGCGACGUGCUCUCCUCCGCGACGACGACGCUGUCUCUUGGAAUGCGGCGGCGGCGGCAUCUACGAACAGCCGCAACGCGCAUCGCGGAAUUCACGCCAAGUCUGCGCCGUUCGCACAGAGGGUGUCAGAUCCCCUCGUGUAUUCUGCCAGAGGCGCUGGUUCUCACGGAACUCCCAGUUGGAGUCAGCACGCUGCUGCCAGUCGCGUGGCAACCGCCGCCCCUCACGCCGCCCGUCACGCCUUCCAAUACGCCCCAACCCCCGGCGCGUCUCGCACUGCACGUAACACCGCGAAUCACGGCUCUCACGGAUUUGGAAACAUCGGCCUGCAUGAUGCAGCAGCGAACCAGCGUCGAGGUGGUGGUUCACUCCAUGGCCGUGACGUGGUGGUCGAACGCCUUUUCGAAAACGAGCGCCGCGCGCGCAAUGCACUGGGUUCUAAUCGCCUCGGCAGCUAUCAGCAUCAUGAUGGGAUUCUGGAGGAGCACAACAAGGCACGGCAGGAAGUGGGUGUGCCGGAUCUGGCAUGGGACGACGGAGUGGCAGCAACGGCACAGGAGUGGGCGAACGAGCUGGCGUCUAAAGGGUGCCCUCUGGAGCACGGCGGAGCAGAGGGGCUCGGGCAGAACCUCUACUGGCUGUCACCUGCGGGGCUGACCCCCGAGGAGGACCGUGGGGCGGUGCAGUCAUGGGUGGAGGAGAAGGCGGACUGGACCCCCAGCCCCAUUCCCGAUGGGUGUGCGAAGGGCAAGAUGUGUGGGCACUACACGCAGGUGGUGUGGCGCGACACCACUCAUGUCGGCUGCGCCUCUGCUCAGUGCCCCGAUGGCUCCGGCAUGUGGGUCUGCAACUACUCGCCCCCGGGCAACUUUGUUGACCAAACCCCAUUCUAA